AUGCUUAUUGGGUCCUGCAUUUGGUUACUACCUCUACUCUACAUCCAAUUCUUCCACAUACCAGCAUCAUGUGUAACAUUAAGCCUUCACCAAGAUGAUAUUCUAAUGUUACCCGAUGAUUCAGAUGCCACAUGUCCCAUGGGUUAUUUUCAGUGCAACACAACGUUACAGUGUUUAACACAACGCUUGAAUUGUGAUGGUUCAGCAGACUGUGAUGAUGCCUCCGAUGAAUGGAAUUGUGUAAAUGAUGCUGAUGCCAUAUUUUGGGAUCAUUUGUUUCGCAAGCAGCCGUAUGGUAGACAUGAUGACAUACCAAUAGGAACAUGUUACUGGCCUCUGAGUAAUUUAAGCUGUCCCUGUCGCGGCAAUGAAAUUUUAUGCCGCAAUCAACAAUUAACUGCAAUACCUGCAAAUUUACCCUACAAUGAUGUGGCCAUGCUCGAUUUGACUGGCAACAAUUUUACACAUUUGAGUGAAUCGUUUUUGGAUAAUCUACCAACAACCGAGGAAUUAGUAUUAAAACUUUGUUCUAUUACGACAAUGGAUUCACAUGCCUUGAGACAACUUUCCAAUGUGCCGGUUAGAACAUUAUAUUUGGAUGAAAAUAAAAUUGAAUGGCUGCCGGAAAAUUUGUUUGCCAAAGGAAAUCAUUUGAAAACAUUAAUUUUAUCGGGAAAUCGCUUAAAUAUAUUACAUGAAUAUGACUUCAUUUACUUAGAAGAAUUACUGGAAUUAGAUUUACGUGGCAAUUGCUUGGAAACAUUUAAUGCCUACAUUUUUGAACCUUUACAAAAAUUAGAAGUUCUAUAUCUGAACAGAAAUCAUAUAAAACAACUUGAGUCUGGAAUGUUCCCAACAUUGAAAUAUUUGCACACAUUAUCUUUGGCCGAUAAUAGUAUAAGCAGUAUUGAGAGAAAUACUUUCACAUUUCCACGCCUGAAAUAUUUAUUUUUAGCUGGAAAUUUGUUAACUGAGUUGAGUGAACGUACAUUUUGUGAUCUAAAUAUGCUGCAAGGAUUGCACUUAAAUAACAAUUCUUUGGAAAAAUUCGAUCUGCAUGCCUUCGAUUGUUUAGGAAACUUAACAUCUCUAUUGUUGAAUGACAAUGAUUUCAAAACAUUAGAUCCGAGAACUCUACAAAAUUUAUCCAAUUUGAAUUAUAUUUACUUUUCCUGGUUCCAUUUAUGUCGAGCUGCCAUGCAUGUGAGAGUGUGUGAUCCACAUGGUGAUGGUAUCAGUAGUACAUAUCAUUUGCUGGAUAAUCCAAUAUUAAGAGGCAGUGUCUGGGUCAUGGCAUCCAUUGCCAUCGUUGGCAAUCUGUUGGUAUUAUUGGGUCGUUAUUUCUAUAAAACACGCAGCAAUGUGGAGCAUUCGUUGUAUCUUCGUCAUUUGGCAGCCAGUGAUUUUCUGAUGGGCAUUUAUCUGGCCAUUAUUGCAUGUGCGGAUAUAAGUUUUCGUGGCGAGUAUAUUGUGUACGAGGAGUUCUGGCGCCACAGUGGCAUGUGUGCAUUUUCAGGAUUUUUAAGCACUUUUAGCUGCCAAUCAUCUACACUGUUGCUGACUUUGAUUACAUGGGAUCGUUUGAUGUCUGUCAUGAGACCUUUACAUGCCAGGGAUACAGCAAGGAAAAGAAUUGUUAUACGUCUUUUGAUAUUGUGGAGCAUAUCAUUUGCCCUGGCUGCAGCUCCUCUAUUUCCCAAUCAGUAUUUUGGUUCACAUUUCUAUGGCACCAAUGGUGUUUGCUUAUCGUUGCACAUACACGAUCCUUAUGCCAAGGGUUGGGAAUAUUCAGCAGUUUUAUUUAUUUGCAUAAAUACAUUUUCCCUGAUUUUCAUUUUAACUUCUUACAUACGAAUGCUGCAGGCCAUCAAAGAUUCGGGCGGUGGCAUGCGCAGCACAAUAAGUGGACGUGAAAGUAUUGUGGCAACAAGAUUUGCCAUCAUCAUAACCACCGACUGUGCCUGUUGGUUGCCUGUUAUAAUUGUGAAAUUGCUGGCUUUAUCCGGCAUACCCAUAUCUCCCGCCUUAUAUGCCUGGUUGGCUGUCUUAGUGCUGCCUGUAAAUUCAGCUUUAAAUCCCAUACUUUAUACUCUCACAACGGCGGUAUUUAAACAGCAACUAAGACGUUACUGUCAAGCCUUACCCACCUGCUCACACCGGUUCUUGGAACGACAAAACACCCAGCUGGCUUUUGAGUCGGCCAUCAGUACUAGUCUGGGACAAUUUGGUAGCUGUAAAUCAAAUAAAUCCUAUGCAGGACGUAAACGUUGCUCACAAAGAUGUUCACAGCGUUGCACGAACCCCAAAUGUGGCAGUCAUGUAUGAGGCAGGGUGAAAUUUGUUAUACAAUAUGAAGACACUGUAUUGUAGCACAAGUCAGAAUACUCGUACA